UAAAGUGAGAAAAGAGAGAAAAAGAUCACUGUAAUAAUAAAAUCUCAUCUCCAGAUUGACACAUAUUCCCACGCGAAUUACAUGUUACUGUUCCCUCCGCCCUCCAUCCCGUUCGUGCCUCCUGUCUGUCAUCAUCCCUCCAUCAAUGAAGUGACUAUUCGAUUGCAUGUGCUGCUAGCUUACUUAAUGUAAGUUGGUUCCAUUCUCGCCUUUUUCUCUCUCUCGGUCAUCAACCUACAUGAAGUUUGAGACCUCAAAGUUUCAUCCAAACUCCGGCGUAAAUGCCUCGGGAGCGAACCUGAAUUUCCAACUACGGGAGCGGCCCGAAGCUAGCGCUGAGCUCUUGAUCCGUUAGCCACGAUCAACCAAAUUCCUGUCCAUCUCCAUAUACCUAGGUUACUUAAUACUUGAAAUAAGACCCGACUGACCGGAUGGAGGCGACCAACGUCACCUCGAAAUCACCAAAAGAACGAGGGAGACAUAGGUUAUUGGCUGUGAGACCCUCGACGGCUAGUAGUAGAGCCACUUCGGGUUCCUCUGGCCAUCACCGUACCCCGCUUCCACAUAGCCCUCGUUCCCCAUUAUACACCGACACUUUCACCUUGGCCGCACACCCCCCUGGGACCUAUCACUCGUCUAGUCCGCCAGCACCGUCUUUCAUGUCAACGACCAGCGGUAGCACAGAUCGACCGCCGUCGCCAUCGCCAUCUGCCGCCGAAGCUGCCGGCCAUCUCCAGUAUGCGUUAAGCUCGGCGGAGGGCCUAUCAUCAAGCUUACAUUUCAACCAGGCAUUAGAGCAAGGGUGGCCGCGGCUUGACCCUGACGGUGCAGGUGAUGGCGCCGGUGUUGAUGAGGAAGACGAUCAUGAGCCAAAUGAAGGUCUUUCCCUCUCCCCCCGCCAGACUCACAGGAGGGAUUCUACGAAGGCGGCUAGUAGCUCGAGCUCUUCGAGAUUCUUUCGCUCGAUAGUAUACAAGUUUGGCCGCACGUUCAAUAGGAACUACUUCCUCCCUUCGGAUAAGCAAGAACAAGAGCGCAUGAACCUUCAACAUGACAUAAGCGUUGAAGUUCACGAUGGCGACCUCCAUCUCUGCCCGGUAAUAAAACCGAGAAGAGUACUCGAUGUCGGCACGGGUACAGGCAUAUGGGCCGUCGAAUUCGCCCGAAAGAACCCAGACAGCGAAGUGCUCGGGAUAGAUCUAAAUCCAGUACCGCCGCCGCCUUUCAUCGUACCAAACUGCCAUUUUGGCAUUGCGGACGUGUACGACGACUGGAAGUAUGGCGGCCCGUUUGAUUUCAUCCACGUGCGAAGCUUAGGCGAGCCUACCGACAAGCGCAAGCUGUUCAAGCAGAUCUACGAUAAUCUUGCGCCCGGCGGCUGGGUCGAGUUCCAGGAGUGGAUUCUUCACGUUCAGUCCCCGGACCGAUCUCUCGAUGGCACGGCGUUCCAGAAAUGGAACAAACUCAUGUCGGAGGGCAUGAAACAUUUAGGGAAGUCCCUGUUCUACGUCCUCGAUUACAAGCGUUCCCUUGAACAAACGGGUUUCGAGAGCAUCGUCGAGCGGAAAUACGCAGUUCCUACCAACACAUGGCCCCCCGGAAAGCAAAGCCAGAAGAUUGGCACCAUGCAGAGAAUCAACUCGCUACAGAUCAUUGAUGUAUUCUCGUGGCCCGUAUUUUCAAACGGUUUAGGUUGGUCCAAGGAUGCGCUCGAUAGGCUACUCAUCGAAGUGCGAAAGGAUAUUGAGAACACGCGUAUCCAUUCAUAUUCUACCCUAAUGACGGUAUACUGCAGGAAGCCCCACUCGUCUUCUGCAUCGUCGUUUGCCACAACGGAAACGCCCCCCAGGCUGCAGCGGCCGUCUAUGUCAUAAACACAAAAGAAGUAAUUCGGCCUACUUCGAAUGUAACCUUGAGAUCCCAGGCAAGGGAUAGUGUAAUGGAUGUAAGGAUAUAGGCAUGGACAGACUGCGGCGACGGGCACGGAUUUGGACGCAGGUCAGCGUCGGCGUUUGGGGACGGUCGAAUGGGAAGCCCAUCGGUAAUGGAGUACGUAAAGAGUGUGUUCCAUAAUAGGUUACUCCUAGGUAAUCUUGACAAAAAGAAAUGUUUCAGAUGACUAGUAUUUUUCAGACGGACAACCACGUCGAUCGUGCAUCUGGAUCUUUCCGAGUGGACUUACAGCCACUAUAGCUGUGAAUGGACUACACCGCUCUAACAAGUCUACCUAAGUCCCUAGCAAACUUAAGCGCUGUAGCGGUACAACAAGCAAGUCUGACAGAAAGUCUAUACCAGGUGCUCUGCUCAUAGCUUCAUGAUAGGCACAUCGCCGAAAAUGGAAGUGGCUAACGUUGCGGCCUACGAACAGAUACGGGUGUCGUUGUAAUAGAC